UUCUGAGCCCACUCACCUAAUUUAUCAAGGUCCGCUUGGAGCUCUUCGCAAUCCUUUGCGGUUCUCACCUUCUUUGAGGUCUUGAUUUUGCUGCUUUAAUGUCUGACUCCAGCCACCCAGCUUUCUGUGAAAUAGGGUGACGAUUGCCAAACCGUAAUGACCUUUCCACGCAGGUAAAAGUAACGCCGUGUUUGAUACCCCAAAAAAUCUCCUGAAUGAGGGAAAAGUCUUUUUUUUUCCUUGUAGUCUUCUGAAACGAUGAAAUUGCAAGUGCUGAAUUCUGGAGGGUGGGAAUUCUCAUGGGAUCCUUCCUUUGGUUCUUGUUCAGGUGCCCGUCGAGUUUUGGCACAGGUGCGUCCACCUCUCGGGGGCAGCUGGAUCCGCCCUGCCAGGACACAGCAUGGUGACGGAGAAGGAAAUUGAGCUGAUUGGCAAGACCCUGGUGGACUCCAGCCAGCCCCUGAAGAGCCGCUUCCGGGCUCUCUUCACCUUGCGCAAUCUGGGUGGGGCAGCUGCCAUCGAGUGGAUCAGCGGAGCCUUUGGGGACGACUCCGCCCUUCUCAAGCAUGAGCUGGCCUACUGCCUCGGGCAGAUGCAGGAUGAGCGCGCCGUCCCUGUCCUCCUCCGUGUGCUUCAGGAUACCUCUCAGGAGGCCAUGGUCCGACAUGAAGCAGGAGAAGCUUUGGGAGCUAUCGGGAACCCCAAAGUCCUGGAUGUCCUGAGACUCUACUCCUCGGACCCCGUUAUUGAGGUCGCAGAAACGUGCCAGCUGGCCGUGAAGAGGCUGGAAUGGCUUCAGACGCAGAAAGCAGAGCCCUCGACCAGCCCCUACAGUUCCGUGGACCCGGCCCCCCCUGCCCUGGAGGAAGACGUGGGGAAGCUGAGGGCAGCGUUGCUGGACGAAUCGCGGCCACUCUUCGAGCGUUACCGGGCCAUGUUUGCCCUGCGGAACCUGGGGGGAGAGCCCGCUGUCCUGGCCCUCGCUGACGGCCUAAAGUCCAGCGGCGCCCUGUUCCGCCAUGAGAUUGCGUACGUCCUGGGUCAGAUGCAGCACGAGGCCUCCGUCCCGCAGCUGAUGGCAGCCCUGGGAAAUGCGGCCGAGAACUCCAUGGUGCGUCACGAGUGCGCCGAGGCCUUGGGCUCCAUCGCCAAGGCCUCCUGCCUGGCCACUCUGCAGGCCUACGCCCAUGACAAAGAGCGCGUGGUCCGGGAGAGCUGUGAAGUGGCCCUGGACAUGUACGAUUACGAGAACGGGGUGGACUUCCAGUAUGCCGACGGACUGAGCAAAAUGCAGGCGGAAGGCUGAAGGCAGGGUUGGGGGUUGCUGGUUGCUGCCCCACUCCCCCUGGGCUGCUGCUGCCUGUAAUUCCACCAUUGUCUGGCUUUCCACACUCCUAGUCAUGGCGGCUUAGGAGGCUGGCCAGAGAAACUUUGCUUUGGUCAUUAAAUUAUUUCUGCUUUUU